UAUCAUGAACGAAGCUCUUAAUUAUCGGGUUAAAGAUUUGUUAUAUAUGUUUCGUACUGCGGUAAAAGCAACCAUUUAUGCGAGCCUAGGUACCGUAAAGUACCAUUAAGUAAGUGAGUGAUAUAAAUGCGCUCGGCUAUCAGCGUUAUCUUGUCGAGUCCGGUACCCGACAACAAGAUGUCUCAUCCUGAUUACGAGCAAACUGCUCACGAUCAUGCUGCGUUGCUUCUGCUUCUGAGACCCAUUGGAACGCAAAUAAAACAAAAAACUGUAACAAGGUUAUGUGAACGAAUCGUCAAAGCAGGUAGUAGAUUCAGUGUGUCCGAUUCUACCGGUGGUACACGUGAAAUCCUUGCCAGAUUUGUUAGAGAGCAUCCUGUUGAAAAUAACGAUUGGGGAGAUUUCCAAACGCACAGGAAAUUAUUGGGGUUAAUUACUUUUGGCAAAUAUGACAAUCAAGCAGAGCUAAACGAGUUGUGUAGAGUGCAUGAAACUUUGAAAGUGAAGUACACUGCAACAUUAUACGAUUCGCGUGCUCUACUUUUCGGGCCAUUGGAAUCAAAUAGUGCUCAUGAACCACCGGCAUCGUUUACUAUACCUUCAAACUUCAAAACUAGAGCUGUGUUUUAUAUAGAUGAGACAUGCCCUGAUCUUGAGGCUCAUAUUAUGGAAUGCCUUUAUUCCCUCUUUUGGAUUUUAGAAUCCAAGAGAUUAGAAAGAUCCAGAGAAAAAAUAGACAGGGUUUCACUUUUGUUAGCACCUUUUGAGAAAAAGGAUUUCAUAGGACUAGAUCUCGAGUCCAGAAAUAACAGAAAAAGAUGCGUAGGUCGUAUGACAAAACAUUUAGGUGAUUUAUGUCUUCAAGCUGGACUUCCAGCAGAUGCAUUAAGCAAUUACAAUUCUGCAGCUAGUGUGUUACAAGCUGUUAACGAUUGGCUAUGGCUAGGAGCAGCAUUCGAAGGUUUAUGUGCUGCAUCUGCUUUAGUGUUGUAUCCAAAUAUGUGUAGAAGUCUUCCAUUGCAAAGAAAUUCUUCUCUUCAAGAAGGAAGUCCAGGUAAACAGAGAAGGGGUUCACAAGCUGUGGCUACAUUACCAUCACCACCGGCAAUAGAGCUGGUGAAGAGUAAUAUGCCACAUAUUUUGCUACCUGAAGAGAUAUCGAAAAAAUAUCGCGAGGCAAUAGUUCAUUAUAGUAAAUAUCAGUACGCUGGAAUAAUUGAGACAGAAGCUAGCUUUAAAGCUACAAGAAUUUCAAUAGAACAAAAUUGUACUUUACAAGCUGCUUCGUAUUUAAAUAAUGUUAUACUCAUAAAUUUGCCAUUAAGCGAACAAGAAAAAAUCGAUCGGUUCACUACAUUGUCAGAUUUAUAUACAAGCUUUGGUUUUGUAAGAAAAGCAUCUUUUUUCUUGAGAUUUGCUGCUACAAGGCAUGUAUCUCAAAAUAAUCCUAAUCCAGAUUGGCAACAGUGUUAUAAUUUAAUGCUACAAGCUACUUCUGGAUUUAAAUUGUCUUUAGACCCUGUUGACAUGUCUCCCGAUAGUCAUAGAGGUUGGCCAGUUAUUCAAAUUCAAGUAAUAAAUGAACUUGUUACCGCGGCUAAUCGCAUGGGUAAUCCAGCGUUAGCAACCAGACACAUGACAUUUUUACUUCAGACAAUGUAUAAUUAUUUAACACCUAACGACCGUAAAGAAACUGCUUUGCAACUGCAAAACGUAUCUCAACAAUGCGAAGGUGCUCCCGUACCUCUGGUUCUAGACUCGGGUACAGUUAUACCGCCAGCUAAUUUAACGAAUAUUCCAAAAACCAAGUCGUUUAUUUUGAAAAAUAUGCAACCGCAUCUUCAGCCACAAAAGAUCGAAAGAAUCAAGGAGGAUCAUGGUCCGUUUUUAUUCACACCGAUUAAUUUUGGAUCGUUAGAGAGAAAGAAUAUAUCGAAAAGUAAAGUUGAUUAUUUAUGGGUAGAGGGUGAUAUCUGCGAAGUAUCGAUGCAACUUGUAAAUCCCCUGCCGUUUGAACUUCACGUUUCCAACAUGAGACUUCUUACGAAUGGUGUAGUGUUCGAAUCAAUUCCUGAAAGUAUUAUACUUCCUGCCGAGUCUGGACCAAUUGCAGUAACAUUAGCGGGCAGGCCUAAAGAAAUUGGAGAUUUAGAGAUUCUUGGUUUUAGUACGCACACAUUAGGGGUGAAAUCAAACUGUAGAUUAAGAUAUAUGGAGGGAAUGGUUCAUUCUCAGUAUACCGUCGAGGUAGUUCCCGCAUUACCAAGGAUAGAAGUGGCUACAAGUUUACCACAAACUGCGAGCUUCAGCUCUGGAGAAAAUAUAGUAACUAGUGCAAGUAUAUCGUUGUACGGUGGUGAAAGUGCCGAAUGUACCGUAACAAUUACAAAUAGCGGCCAAGUUCCUAUCGAAACGAUCGAAUUAUCGGUGCAAUCUACAUUAGACGCAACAACCGAGGGUAAAAUCUUUAAAUGGAACGAUGAAAAUUUCAUGGCACAAUUACCUUUGCAGCCUGGCGCUAAUGCGAGUCUUACCUUGUAUUUAUACGCGGCUACAGAUUUUAUAGCACCCACUUAUCGAAACGAUAUCAGCAGCAGUACGUAUCUUAGUCAGCCGAGCAGUUUAAUGUCUCAUUCAGGGUACAGUUCGUUACCAUCUAGAUUAAGUUCUCCGUCACACACAAAGAGACAAUCCGAAUUGACUUCCUCGUUUAGAUCGGGCUUAAGUUCUCAUUCCGGACAUUCUUCCUUGCCAAGUUCGCGUUUAUCGAAACUUGCCGUUCCAUUGCAUACCUCGAACGUUGUCGAGGGACACUUAAAAAUCAAAUACUCAGGUGGUGCUGGCCUAGCAGCAGGUUACUGUCGUAUUUCAUCGGUUUUCGUAACGAUCGAGAUGUUGCCAAGUGUACAGAUUACAAACUGGGAUGUACUUCCAGCUGAAACGCCGUCGCAAUUUUAUCUCGUGCUAGAUUUAACAAAUAUGACCAAUCACGAAAUGGAAUUGCAUUACACGGAAACUAAAUGUAUAUACAUGGAGGGUAAAGAGCCGUGUAGAAUUCCUGUGCCAGUUGAUCGAUGCCCGCUUAAUAAAUUAUCUAUGUUAAACGGGGCUGGUGAUAUCGGGGAACUUCAAAAAGUUUGUUCCGAACACAUUGCCUCGCUGGUCGAUUUACGCUGGCAAUUAUUAGGCACGGAAUUGAUCGGUAAAGCAACACUUUCUGGCAUUACUCUUACUCAAGACAUGUUAGACCUUGUCAGGAUGAGUCCCUUACAAUGGGAGAUUAAAAUAAACGAUACAAUUGUAAAGGCACAAGAAGAACUUACGUGUAGCUUAGGGGAAUGCGUUAGCGUUGGAAUAGGUAUAUGCAACGCCUUGGAACAUCCGUUGAGUGAUCUUAUGUUGUCCAUCAAUUUUUACCAAGAUCACCAUAAUGGUGUGAAUAAUUAUCAACUAGAAACGAGAUUAUCCAUCGCUGGUGCGAAUAAAGUCAUGCUUCCAGCAUUACAGGAGUAUGGAAGAGUUUAUCACGAAUGUCGUGUAGUGUUCUUCACAGCCGGACAAUACAAAAUAGAUAUUCAAUGUAGUAGUAAAGAGUCAGCUCCAAAUACGCCAGUACUUUGCUCGGAAUUGAUUAAUGCUGGACAUACUUGGCGCUAUAUACCACCGAUAGAGAUCACUGUUGACGAUUACUGA